AUGAAAAAUAAAACAUGUUUUGGUAUAAAUAUUAUCUCAUUAACAAUAACUAUAUUUGGUACAAUCAUAGCAUUGAUUGUAUUGAUAUACAUUUUAUUACGAAGAAAAACUCUUUAUAAUAUUCAAUUACUUCUUUGUGCAAAUAAUUAUUUGUUACUAUUUAUUCUUGGCAUUUUAACACUUACAAUUAAUAUUCGAAUCUAUCAUGGUGAUUUAAAGGAAGUAAAUAAUGAAAAAGAAACAUUAUCUUGUCGUAUGAAUUCAUAUAUUUUCUAUGUAUUCAUGUCAGCUGUUUAUCUUGCAUUUAUUUUACAAGCUACUUUUCGUCUUUGUCGUUUGAUUUAUGUUUCUCGGCAAAAUCUUUUGAAUUUCCGUACAUAUUGGUUUAUUAUUCCAUUAUUUUGGUUAUUUUCUUUUCUAUUAAAUCUGCCCUUACUAUUAUGGCAUGGUCAAGAAUUAAUUCCUAGUGAAAACGCUUGUUUAGUACCAAAAGAUGAUCCUCGAAGUAUUGCAUAUUCAAUAUUAAUAAUCUAUGGAAUACCUUUUCUUUCAAUAGUAUUGGUUUAUAUUCGACUUAUUCAAUUUUUACGUCAACAAAGUUUAAAUCGAAAUUUUUCCGAAUUUAAAAGAUUUCGUCAUCGAGAUAUGAAGAUUUUUCGUCGUAUUCUUAUUGUUGUUAUUCUCCUAGGCAUAUAUGGUUUACCAACUGCAAUCAUGUUACUAAUUUUAGCUUUUACUAAUGAACUUGUUAUUUGUUUCUAUCGUAUUCUUAUAUUAAGUGUAUCAGUAUGCGUUUUAACAUUGAGUUUAGCUUUAGUUUAUAUCACGCCACAAAUUCAUCUUUGUCGUCAAAAGCCAAGGGUUAUUCCAAUGAUUAAAGAUCAAAAAGAUAUUCCUCAAUAA